UAAAAUCCUUUAAACCAAAAACCUCAAGUCAGCGUGACUCGCCGAGACUCACCCGGAACUUGGUCAGAUGCGAGUCGACCACCGAGUUGUCGGUAGAGAAUCGGCAAGUAAAGGUAAGUCAAGGGAAUGAUUCGCUAGAACUAUGCAGAAUAUUGAACGGGAUGUGGCAAACGAGGGUGGGUGGGGCACAAUAGACCGCAGCAACGCCGUUGAAGCUAUGCUUCGAUAUGCUGAUGCUGGACUUACUACCUUUGACAUGGCUGAUCACUAUGGUCCUGCUGAAGAUCUUUAUGGAAUCUUCAUAAAUCGAGUACGUCGUGAGCGCUCACCAGAGUAUUUAGAUAAGGUCAGAGGUCUCACAAAAUGGGUUCCACCACCAGUUAAAAUGACCAGGAACUUUGUAGAGGGGAGCAUUGAUGUUUCAAGGAAAAGAAUGGAUGUUGCUUGCUUAGAUAUGCUUCAGUUUCACUGGUGGGACUAUGCCAAUCCUGGUUAUCUUGAUGCACUGAAACAUCUUACAGAUUUGAAAGAUGAAGGAAAAAUUAAAACUGUGGCUCUGACAAAUUUUGAUACGGAGAGGUUGCAAAUAAUUCUGGAAAAUGAUAUUCCUGUUGUUAGCAACCAGGUGCAACAUUCAGUUGUUGACAUGCGUCCUCAACAGAGAAUGGCUGAGCUCUGUCAGCAAACGGGAGUGAAACUCAUAACGUAUGGAACAGUUAUGGGUGGUCUUCUAUCUGAGAAAUUUCUCGAUACCAACUUGAAUAUUCCUUUUGCUGGUCCUCCACUUAACACUCCUUCCCUGCAAAAGUACAAAAGGAUGGUUGAUGCAUGGGGAGGAUGGAGUCUUUUUCAAACCUUGCUUCAGGUGCUUAAAACAAUAGCUAGGAAACACGGAGUGUCCAUAUCAACGGUUGCUGUGAAGUACAUUCUUGACCAGAAUGCUGUAGCAGGCUCCAUGAUAGGCGUCAGACUUGGGCUAUCAGAGCAUAUUAAAGAUGCUAAUGCCGUCUUCUCACUCGUUCUUGAUGAAGAGGAUGUCGAAAGCAUCCGUGAAGUAUCCAGCAGGGGGAAGGAUCUGAUGAGGGUGAUUGGUGAUUGCGGAGAUGAAUAUAGACGCUAAAUAGUUGGAUACGGCGUUUUUUGUACUUGAUCUUCCCACCUGCACAGAAGCGCAAGUAAUGAGCACAUAAAUAUUGUAUGUACAUUGUACAAUACCAAAUUUUUGUAAUGUGGUAAAAUAAAUCAGUAAAGUGUUGUAGCAAAUGGGUGCGUUUUUACCUAUUGAUUGUCGAUUUGUACAUUUACACAAUACUGCAAUUAGUUCUGGUUCCAUAGCUUAUUACAAUAUUACUCUCUCUGUC